UAUGGAUGAAACUGUUUGGAAAUAUAUUGUUUUGCUGUUUGUUUUGAUACCAUUUUGUCAGUAUGCACAUGCAGGAUGCCAGGGUUUUGGUGCACCAGAAGUAUACGCAAUCACAUCUAGCGAAGCUGACAGUAAACGCGAUAGCCAUGGCAAUUUGUUCAUCUACGCGAAUAUGCAGCAGAAACUGCAGUUGGUGGGGAGGAACCUGACUGGCCUCGGUAAGGUUACCUUCACAACCCACGGUGAUAGCCAACCCGGGUCCCCAUGCAACGAAUAUGACCAGACGGAGACAUAUCAGGUUAUGGAUGCCAGCGCUGAUGGUCGGUAUGCCACGGUGACAGUGAAUCUUCGCUCCUUCGGUCCGGGGGAGAGGUACUACCAUAUCUGUACUAAAGACCAGCAGGUAGACAGCUGCUGGUACCACCAAGGGGAGAAUGAUCUGUCACGUAUUGUGGUGGUAGUGAAAGUGGAAGAAACCACCCUGCUGCCAUUAUGGAUACAGAUUGCCCUCAUUGGAUUACUUCUUUGCCUCUCUGGCCUCUUCAGUGGCCUCAACCUCGGAUUGAUGUCCCUGGACAAAACAGAAUUGAAAAUCAUAGAAAAAUGUGGUUCUAAAGAUGAAAAAAGUUAUGCAAAAAAGAUAAAUCCAGUUAGGAAGCGUGGUAACUUCCUCCUUUGUACUCUUUUGUUAGGUAAUGUCCUUGUCAACAACACUCUCACAAUAUUGCUGGACGAUGUGAGUAACGGUCUGUAUGCAGUGAUAGGUGCCACACUCGGCAUCGUGAUAUUUGGAGAGAUCAUUCCACAGGCUAUUUGUUCUCGACAUGGGCUGGCUGUGGGGGCUCGGACUAUCUGGCUAACUCGUAUCUUCAUGCUUAUCACAUUUCCUUUAUCAUUUCCUAUUAGUCUUUUACUGGAUAAAAUUCUAGGGGAGGAAAUUGGUCAGGUGUAUGACCGUGAAAAAUUGUCUGAGCUUGUGAGGGUGACUAAAGAUUUUAAUGACCUUAAUAAAGAGGAAGUGGAUAUUAUAGAAGGUGCAUUAGAAUUGACAAGAAAACCUGUGAAAGACAUUAUGACCAAAAUUGAGGAUGUGUAUAUGUUAGAUUAUUUAUCUCUUCUAGAUUUUGAGACAGUGACAGAAAUCAUGAAGCGGGGCUACACCCGUAUUCCUGUAUAUGAAGGAGAUAAAAGUAAUAUUAUUGCUCUACUCAACAUCAAGGAUCUUGCCCUGGUUGAUCCAGAUGAUAGAACACCAUUGAAAACUGUCAUCAAGUUCUUCCAGCACCCCCUGGUGUUUGUGUUCGACGACCAGAAACUGGACCAAAUGCUGCAGGAUUUUAGGAAAGGACAUUCUCACAUGGCGAUUGUGAGGUGUGUGAACAAUGAAGGAGAAGGGGACCCUUUCUACGAGACACUAGGUGUUGUUACCCUCGAAGAUGUCAUUGAAGAGAUCAUUCAGGGGGAGAUCAUUGAUGAAACAGACACACUGACUGACAACCGACAGAAGGCACCUCGGAAGUUACUGAGGCAGGAUUUUAGUGUGUUCAACACGCCUGACGAUCACAACAAAGCCUUCAUCUCCCCACAGCUUUCCCUCGCAGCAUUCCGCUUCCUCUCCACAUCUGUGGACCUGUUCCAUGAUGACCUGAUAUCAGAGAACGUGUUGAAGCGCCUUCUGCAACAGAACAUCGUUGAGGAGUACCAGCCUGACUUGAGCGAUCAAGCGUCUUUCAAAUACCUUUACCAGGACGGAGUUCCCUGCGACUUCUUCAUACUUAUACUUCAAGGCCAUGUGGAGGUGAGUGUAGGCUUUGAGAAGAUGUGCUUUAAUGGAGGACCAUUUUCUUUCUACGGAGUCCAGGCUUUAGACGUGCCGGAGGGGACGGUGACACCAGAUAGUAACACAGACAGUGUGUAUGUAGAGCAUAAACCAUACAUUCCUGACUUCACCAUCCGCGCAGUUUCACCUUUACUGUUCAUCAAGAUAGGACGAGGCCACUACAUCGCCGCUCGUCGAGCCACUCUCAUGGGAAGGGCCAAGAACAAACUGGCAAAUGCGGAGGACGAAACGUUCAAAAGAGAAUGGAAAAAGGCGACCUUGAUUUCCAAUGCUAGUUCCUCUGAUACUAUGCUUCGUCACAGCUCCCCUGAUAUAUCCAAACCUUCGAUGGCUAUCAGCGAGGCUAGUCGCACUGCCAGCUCUGGCAUGUCAAACUCCAAGCUGUCACACACUGAUAGCAAGGACUCAGGUUGGAGCUUCCCUUCAACAGACGAGAAGGGGGGAGCCUGCAAAGACCCUGAAGUCAAAGUGGAGGCUAAAGUCAGUUUAGAGGAGGAAAACGAGGAACAUCAUCCCUCGGAUGAACAAACAUACUUAAUUGACUCAAAGAAUGAAGUUGUAAGCUAACAACCUACACCCAUAUGGGAUCAGAUUAGGGUCCAGACUUUACAGAGUCUUCUCAUAUCAUCAUUCAGUUUAUGGCUUUACACAUCAGCCUAUAGUCUGCUGAAACACAAUGCAUAACAUUUACAAGAUCAGUGUGCAUCAUAAACAAACAAAGGCAUUGAUAAGACUUUAGUCUGCAAUACUGGUCCAACUCAUCUGGCCAAGCAGCCUUUUGCAAUCUCUAUUAGCUUGGUACAAAGGCUUUGUUUCAUCUUGUAAACUAAAUGUUUAAUCAUAUAGGUAAUAAAAAUAUUUUGAUAAAAUCCUGGAUUUGGAAGAGGUGCUGAAAUUCAGAAGAGUUUGUCCUCAAGGAUACUGUUAGAUCAUAUUUUGGUGUAUGUUACAAAAGGAUGUGAACCUUGUUUGAGAGAAAUGUACGGAGUGACCCUAUGAUCCCAUGUGGGAUUGAGAUGUUAUUGUUAUGUAAAUAUUCCAAUCAGUGAGCUUUUUUUUUAUUAAUAUUUGUUAUAGUUUAUACUCCAGUUCAACAAUUUUUGUUUUCAAAUGAGAUUUUUGAUGCUGGCAGCCUGCUUCUUGAUGUGUGAUGACCUCAAAUCGCUAAGGGAGAUAACCUAUAUUAACAGUCCCUUUUUUAUUUGAGGACAUUGUUGUAAGUGAAGAAUAUAGAGGUUAUUGAAAUAGAUUUAUAAAGCUAAAAGGGAGAUAAUCUUACAUUUUUUUCAUUUCAGGAUAUUGGUAUAAGUGAGGAACUUAUAUAAUUAUUAUAUGUUAUAAAUAGAUUUCUAGCUGAUAGAUUCGGUAACUUACCUACAUGUAAUAUCAAUAAGUUUCUUGGAAAUUGAAGCUUUUUAAAUAUGGCACAUUCUACUUAAUGCUGCUAGACAGCCUGACUAUUUCCAGAGUAUGAUUAAUUUCUCUGCAUCCAUAAGAUUUCUUAGAUGACCUUUCUACAGGUUAUGAUAAGUGGUUGUUAAAUAUAUUUAAAUCUGCUGUUUGAAACACUUUCUAAUUUAGUCUGAAGUAUGUUAUUCAAUUAUCCCGUUAGUAGAAUGAGAAUAUUUGUUUUUAUUAAAUACAUGUAAAUGAUGUACAACAGUACCUAGAUCACUGACUAUUCAGACAAUUUUCUCAACAAUGAACACAACUGUAUAAAGAUAAAGUAUCUCUAAGAUAACCUGUGAUGUAUAGCGUGUUUACCAGUAUUAGCUAGUGUAUCUGACCAUAGGGAAUGUAAUAGUAGUCUCUGGUCCCACCACAGUAUAUGGGCUUUAUAGUAGCUACAAGUCCCACAACAUGACAUGGGGCUUUACUGUAGCUACAAGUCCCACCACAGGACAUUAGGCUUUACUGUAGCUACAAGUCCCACCACAGGACAUGAGGCUUUACUGUAGCUACAAGUCCCACCACAGGACAUGAGGCUUUACUGUAGCUACAAGUCCCACAACAGGACAUGAGGCUUUACUGUAGCUACAAGUCCCACAACAGGACAUGGGCCUUUACUGUAGCUACAAGUCCCACCACAGGACAUGAGGCUUAACUGUAGCUACAAGUCCCACAACAGGACAUGAGGCUUUACUGUAGCUACAAGUCCCACAACAGGACAUGGGCCUUUACUGUAGCUACAAGUCCCACCACAGGAAAACAGGCUUUACUGUAGCUACAAGUCCCACCACAGGACAUGGGGCUUUACAGUAGCUACAAGUCCCACCACAGGACAUGGUCUUUACUGUAGCUACAAGUCCAACCACAGGACAUGGGAAUGUAAUAGUAGUCUCUGGUCCCACCACAGUAUAUGGGCUUUAUAGUAGCUACAAGUCCCACAACAUGACAUGGGGCUUUACAGUAGCUACAAGUCCCACCACAGGACAUGGGCCUUUACAGUAGCUACAAGUCCCACCACAGGACAUGAGGCUUUACUGUAGCUACAAGUCCAACAACAUGACAUGGGGCUUUACUGUAGCUACAAGUCCAACAACAGGACAUGUGGCUUUACUGUAGCUACAAGUCCAACAACAUGACAUGAGGCUUUACUGUAGCUACAAGUCCCACCACAGGACAUGUGGCUUUACUGUAGCUACAGGUCCCACAACAGGACAUGAGGCUUUACUGUAGCUACAAGUCCCACCACAGGACAUGUGGCUUUACUGUAGCUACAGGUCCCACAACAGGACAUAAGGCUUUACUGUAGCUACAAUUCCCACCACAGGACAUGGGGCUUUACUGUAGCUACAAGUCCCACCACAGGACAUGGGGCUUUACUGUAGCUCUACAGGUCCCACAACAGGACAUGAGGCUUUACAGUAGCUACAAGUCCCACCACAGGACAUUAGGCUUUACUGUAGCUACAAGUCCCACAACAGGGCAUGGGGCUUUUCUGUAGCUCUACAGGUCCCACAACAGGACAUGAGGCGUUACAGUAGCUACAAGUCCCACCGCAGGACAUGGGGCUUUACAGUAGCUACAGGUCCCACCACAGGACAUGAGGCUUUACAGUAUCUACA